AAGCAACCACAGUUCCCUUCUGGCAUUUUUGACUGGAGAACCAAGGACCUUUCUGCAACUGUUGCUUUCAGGGACAAAGAUUUCAUGAAGUCAACCUUUUAAAUUUAUUUUGAAGUUUACUAACGUCUGGGAACCACGCCACCCGUGCUCUUGUUUAUACAAAUCGCAAGCCACGCUUCGGUUUUCAGCACUCUUUGGACUUCAGCAUGAGUGCAUCCCGCUGGCUGGCUUGUGCGGUGCUUUCUGCCUUCUGUGUUUUACAAGCCAGCUCUCUGGACAGUUUUGUUGCUGCUGUUUACGAGCAUGCCGUGAUCCUGCCUAGUGGCACGCUGUUGCCCGUGUCUCACAGUGAGGCUCUGGCAUUAAUGAAUCGCAAUCUGGAUCUUCUGGAAGGAGCGAUCGUAGCAGCAGCAAAGCAGGGUGCACACAUUAUUGUGACUCCAGAGGACGGGAUAUAUGGCAUGCAUUUCACCAGGGAUACUAUCUACCCCUACUUGGAGGAUAUUCCGGACCCUCGAGUGAACUGGAUCCCCUGUGAUAAUGCAGACAGAUUUGGCUACACCCCGGUACAGAAGAGACUCAGCUGCCUGGCCAAGAACAACUCAAUCUAUGUUGUGGCAAACAUGGGAGACAAGAAGCCAUGCAACACUAGUGACCCUCAGUGUCCUCCUGAUGGGCGUUUCCAGUACAACACUGACGUGGUGUUUGAUUCCAUGGGCAAACUGGUUGCACGAUACCACAAGCAAAACCUUUUCAUGGGUGAAGAACAAUUCAAUGCACCCGUGGAGCCUGAGUUUGUGACUUUCAACACCCCAUUUGGAAAGUUUGGGAUCUUCACAUGCUUCGAUGUACUCUUCCAUGAUCCCGCUGUCAGCCUGGUGACCAAGUUCCAGGUGGACACCAUACUGUUCCCAACUGCUUGGAUGGAUGUUCUGCCCCAUUUGGCAGCCAUUGAAUUCCACUCAGCCUGGGCUAUGGGCAUGGGGGUCAAUUUUCUCGCAGCCAAUAUACAUAAUCCCUUGAGGAGAAUGACAGGAAGUGGCAUCUAUGCACCAGAUUCCCCAAGGGCCUUUCACUACGACAGGAAAACCCAGGAGGGCAAACUCCUAGUCGCGCAGCUGGAGUCCCACCCACGCCGCUCUGCCGUGAACUGGACUGCGUAUGCCAGCAGUGUAGACGCACCCGCAACGGGAAACCAGGAAUUUCAGAGCGUUGCUUUCUUUGAUGAGUUUACCUUUGUGGAGCUCAAAGGAAUCACAGGGAAUUACACUGUGUGCCAGAAUGAUCUCUGCUGUCAACUAAGCUACCGGAUGACUGAGAAGCGAAGGGAUGAAAUCUAUGCCCUUGGGGCCUUUGAUGGGUUGCACACCGUGGAAGGGCAGUAUCAUCUGCAGAUCUGUACUCUGCUGAAGUGUAAGACCACCAGUUUACACACCUGUGGGAGUUCAGUGGACACGGCUUCUACCACGUUUGAGAUGUUCUCCCUCAGCGGCACUUUUGGAACCCAGUAUGUCUUCCCUGAGGUGUUGCUGAGUGAAGUCAAGCUUGCACCUGGGGAGUUUCAGGUGUCAAGUGAUGGGCGUUUGUUUAGCCUGAAGCCAACGUCUGGACCUGUGUUGACAGUCACUUUGUUUGGGAGGUUGUAUGGGAAGGACUGGGCAUCGAACGCUUCCUCAGACCUCAUAACACACUCACUGAUGCUGCUAAUGCUCAUUAUGACACCUAUUAUACAUUACUUAUGCUGAUACAAUUUUUACGUUCUUUAUUUUAUUUGGAAUAAUUUAAAAUUGGUGGAUGAAGGAAAGACUUGUUUGUCCACAGUGGACUUUGGUGUAAAUAAAUAAAGGCCUUUUUCUUUCUUUCUUUUCUUUUCUUUUCUUUUCUUUUCUUUUCUUUUCUUUUCUCUUCUUUUCUUUUUUUUUGAGAAGCAUAUGCGCCCCGGAUGCAUUUCAGGACAAUUAAUAGAACUUUGAGCAUUGGUCUGCCUUGGAACUGUACUCUUAGACCACACAUAUUUUAUUCAUAAGGAAUAAAAGUCACAAUGAAAAGACAUGUCAGAAUAUCAUAAUAUUUACUAGAGGUUUGAAUAUUGUUGCCUCAUUAUGAUAUACAUCCUACUCAAUUAAGCUUAAGAUUUCCAAUGAGUUUGUUCAUUUAUUCUGUUGAGUAUUUAUCUAAACAAUACAUUUCCAUUCUCUUAUAGGCCAACUCCAAAUCCUGUCUUUUUAAUUAUUAGUUUUUGUUUGUUUAUCAAGACAGGGUUUCUCUGUGUAGCCCUGGCUGUCCUGGAACUCGCUCUGUAGACCAGGCUGGCCUCGAACUUACAGAGGUCUAUUUGCUUCUGCCUCCCGAGUGCUGGGAUUAAAGAUGUGUGCCACCACUGCUCUGCUGUUCCUUUAAUUCUUAAAUUGAAGUCCCAACUCCUGUGACCUCAGAGUGUGACUGUUUGGGGAAAUGGUGAAUUUAAAAGAGGAACCAUGAAGUCAUCAUCAUGAACUUUAAUCCAAUAUGACUGAUGUCCUCAGAAGAGAUUUAGGACAAAACAGCUUUGUGGGAGGCUGGUGUGAACACAGAAAAAGAUAGCCAUUUACAACAAGGAAAGAGACCUCAGAAGAAAGUGAACCUGCUAAUAUGCUGAACAUCCAGGCCCCCAGAAUCACGAGACAAUAAAUUUCUCUUUAAGUGUUCCA